AUGUCGGAGCCGGUGCUCCCCUCUUAAGGUUCCCCGACAGCCGGCGGCGGAGCGGGUCUGGGGCAGCGGGGUCCGUUCCAGGACCGAGCGGGUUUGUCCGUGCGCGCCGGGCUCAGCCGGCUGCCGUGGGGUCCCGGUCCCUGCUGGGUGGCUGGGGGUAUGGGGACCGCCCCCUGAGGACCCUCCCCGGUCGACCUCCAGGACCGCAUCCUGGGGCUCCUGGAAGAGAAGGCUCUAAAAUAGGGAGAGUUGCUAACGGGCUUUUUCACCUUCGAGGACCGCCUAUUCUGCACUUCAGCCGUGAGAGAUACCGUUGUGUGAUUUUGAUCAGGAAUUAAAUCUGAAAGCUAAGAGCAGAAGCCUUUUUGGUCAACAUGGAGGACAAAAGACGGCGAGCCCGAGUGCAGGGAGCCUGGGCUGGCCCCGUGAAGAGCCAGGCCACCGCUCAGCCAGCUACCACUGCUAAGAGCCAUCUCCACCAGAGACCUGGUCAGACAUGGAUGAACAAGGAGCAUCAUCUUGUGGACAGACAGUUUGUGUUCAAAGAACCCCAGCAGGUAGUACGCAGAGCCCCAGAGCCACGAGUGAUUGACAAAGAGGGUGUGUAUGAAAUCAGUGUAUCACCCACAGGUGUAUCUAGGGUGUGUUUGUAUCCUGGCUUUAUUGACCUAAAAGAAGCCGACUGGGUAUUGCAACAGCUUUGUGAGGUCGUUCCCUGGAAACAGAGAACUGGCAUCAGAGAUGAUGUAACUUACAAGCAACCAAGACUUACAGCAUGGUAUGGAGAACUUCCUUACACUUACUCAAGAAUCACUAUGGAACCAAAUCCUCACUGGCACCCUGUGCUGCGCACGCUGAAGGACCAGAUUGAAGAGAACACCGGCCGUACCUUCAACUCUUUGCUCUGCAAUCUUUACCGAAAUGAGAAGGACAGUGUCGACUGGCAUAGCGACGACGAACCUUCCCUAGGGAGAUGUCCCGUCAUCGCUUCCCUGAGUUUUGGUGCCACACGCAGUUUGGAGAUGAGAAGGAAGCCACCACCGAGAGCCGCCUUUUGCUUCACUGAGAUGCAGCUGGACCACCUGAGGACAGGGUCACCUUCCCACCGCUCCCUUGUUGGCUGAGGGGUCAGAGGUUAAUGCUUCAGCACUUACUUGCUACUGGAGAAGAAAAGGUGGCAGGCACAGUUAAAAUCAAUCACUGAAACCAAAAGUUAUUUCAAACAUUGCUUUUAUCUUCUGCCUGUAAAAGUUAUGACUGUGCUCCACAAAGUCACUGCCAGGGGCUGGGACCUGGAACUUAAACUGUUUGUGCAAGUUCAUUAUUGUUUUGAUUUUGAUUUUCCUGAGGGAAAUCAUUGUAAAUAGUUGUGUUCUCAGAGGCACCCCUACAGUAAUAAACAUAAACACAGUAUUGCAGGGAAAUCAAUCCUGCAGUAACCCAAAUGCAAUCCCUUGCAUUAGAAGUGAAGUAGAUGAAUGGUUGGAUCUGCCCAGAAUGGAAGAGGAAAGAUCAGGAAGCUCGGGUCUCAACUCUUGACAAGCUCUUUGUCAACUGCGAAGGAGGAGUGACCCCCACCUUUUGGCUGUUUUGCAGGCCGUGCCUGAAGCUUCAUUAGAGUACUGGACAUGAAUUGACUUUGGGCUCUCUGGAAGAGAGGGGCAGUGUAAAUACAAGGCAUUUCUUUUUUUUU